AUGCCACGGACACCGAGCCAGCAGGUGCUGCCCCCAGGGGCCUCUGCCUCUGUUGAGGAAGAGGCAGAAGGUUCUCCAGCCUUCAGAGAGCAGUUGCCAUCGACAGGGACACAGAGCCCGGUCCCUGCCCCACACGGCCCCUCAGAGAGCAGCGAGGCCCUGCUGGACUCAAGGCAAUACAUCACAUGUGGGAUCAUGAAGAAGGCUGAACUUGUGAUCCAGGCAUCCAACCAGGAGCCGGAGGAACAGAGAAACCUGGAACAAACCAUGGAUACAGACACAGUAAAAACCGUUCCAGCAGAAAGGACAGAGAGUCCAGUCCCUGCCCCGCAGAGCCCCUGCUCCCCCAGCAGCCCCUCACCUUCCCAGUUGAAAGCCCAGGCCAACAGCGAGCAGGAGGACGGAGCAGGAGGGGACUCAGUCCUGGCAGUGCAAGACACUGACGAGGGGCCCUUCCCUGGGGAGGGCAUAGGCUGGAAAUACUACGUUGACCAAGACAUUUCCCAGUGGGAAGAUGAGGGAGACCAAGAGUUGUCCCAAGACAUUAACACAUACCAAGAAGUGUCCCAGGGGGAAGACUGCAUUGAGCAGGAGCUGUCCCCUGGAGAAGUCAAGAGCUACCAGGAAUUGUCUGACUGGGAAGAAUACAGCGAGGAAGAGGAACCCCAAGGAGAAGUGAAGAGCUACCAAGAAGUGUCCGACUGGGAAGAAAACAUUGAGGAAGAGCUGUCCCAUGGAGGAGUGAAGAGCUACCAAGAAGUGUCCGACUGGGAGGACUCCAGCGAGGAAGAGCAGUCCCAAGAAGUCAAGAGGCACAAAGAACUGUCCAGCUGGGAGGACUCCAGCGAGGAAGAGCAAUGCCACGGAAAAGGCAGUAGCUCCCCGGAAGCGACCGACUUGGAAGAAUGCAGCAUGAAAGGGCAGCCCCCAAGAAAAUUCAGUAACUACCAAGAACACCUGCCCCGUGCCCACAAGUGCCGCUCUGCACCUCACCUCUCCAGCUGGAAGCCCUGUCCCCCGGAGGCACUGAAGCUUCUCCUGCCUUCGACGAGCCAGGUCCCUGCCCCACGCAGCCCCUGCUGCCCCUCCAGCCCCUCGCCUCCCCAGCUGGAGGUUCAGGCUCUCAGCAGGCAGCUGCUGUCCCCACCAAACGUCUCUCCCACUUCAGGCUGGCACUCGGGGCUCUGCGCAGGCUGUUCCGCUCCUGCAUGGCGAAACAUUAACACAUACCAAGAAGUGUCCCAGGGGGAAGACUGCAUUGAGCAGGAGCUGUCCUCUGGAGAAGUCAAGAGCUACCAGGAAUUGUCUGACUGGGAAGAAUACAGCGAGGAAGAGGAGCCCCAAGGAGAAGUGAAGAGCUACCAAGAAGUGUCCGACUGGGAAGAAAACAUUGAGCAGGAGCAGUGCCAAGGAGAAGAGAGUAGAGGCCAAGAAGUGUCUGACUGGGAAGAAUACGGCGAGGAAGAGCUGUCCCAUGGAGGAGUGAAGAGCUACCAAGAAGUGUCCGACUGGGAGCACUCCAGCGAGGAAGAGCAGUGCCAAGAAGUCAAGAGGCACAAAGAACUGUCCAACUGGGAGGACUCCAACGAGGAAGAGCAAUGCCACGGAAAAGGCAGUAGCUCCCCGGAAGCGACCGACUUGGAAGAAUGCAGCAUGAAAGGGCAGCCCCCAAGAAAAUUCAGUAACUACCAAGAACACCUGCCCCGUGCCCACAAGUGCCGCUCUGCACCUCACCUCUCCAGCUGGAAGCCCUGUCCCCCGGAGGCACUGAAGCUUCUCCUGCCUUCGACGAGCCAG